AGUUGCGGCUAGUGCGAAACUCUGGACGCUGUAGGAUGAAGAACCCGAUGCUGGAAGCUGCGUCUCUCCUCCUGGAGAAGCUGCUCCUUAUUUCCAACUUCAAGCUCUUUAGCGUGUGCGCUCCGGGAGGAGGCACAGGGAAGAACCAUCCCUAUGAAAUCAGCUCUUUUCUCCGGGGCGACGUGUUGGAGGUGUCGCGGACCCAUUUUAACCACUAUGGGAUCUACCUGGGGGAAAACCGUGUAGCCCAUCUAAUGCCUGACAUCCUGUUAGCCCUGACCAAUGACAAGGAACGCAUUCAGAAGGUGGUUUCCAACAAGCGUCUCCUCCUGGGAGUCAUUUGCAAGGUGGCCAGCAUCCGUGUGGACACCGUAGAGGACUUUGCCUACGGAGCAGACAUCCUAGUCAAUCACCUAGACGAGACUCUCCAGAAGAAGUCCUUGCUUAAUGAGGAGGUGGCACGCAGAGCUGAGCAGCAGUUGGGGCUGACCCCAUACAGCCUCCUGUGGAACAAUUGUGAGCACUUUGUGACCUACUGCAGAUAUGGCUCUCGGAUCAGUCCACAGGCUGAGAAGUUUUAUGACAUUGUGAAGAUAAUCAUUCGUGACCAGAGAAGCUCUCUUGCUUCAGCUGUCUUGGGAUUAGCAUCUAUAGUCUACACGGGCCUGGCAUCAUACAUGACCCUUCCUGCAAUCUGUAUCCCAUUCUGCUUGUGGAUGAUGUCUGGCUAGCUCCCAAUCCACAUGUGUAUGUGUAUGUAUUUUGUAUGGAAAUGUGUUUAUAUUUAUAGAGCACAAAACAUUAUAAGCAUUGUUGUUAAAAUGUGGCCCACAACACUGUGUUCCAGAUAAAAAAAUUAGUGAUUAAGAAUCAUACAAAGUGCUUGCUAUGUAAGCUGAGCCAUCUUUCUGAGCCCUCAGGCAGUUCUGCUGCAGGGUGCGGGGAGUCCCUGGAAGUACAACAGCCUGCCACAUCAGCAGCCCUGAGAUGUGGCCCGAGGUGACAGCCACGGGAGACGGUGUAGGUCAUUCUUUUCCACCUGUAUUCAUUCUGCUGUUAGGCUUCUCAGUUGAGAUCACUAACUUUAUUGUAAUGUAUUCUUAUUUAA